AUGGCGAGCUCCUUUGAGAAGUCCGUCAAGGGCGCGACCAAGGUCAAGCUUGCGCCGCCGAAAACAAAGUACAUCGAGCACAUCCUCAUCGCCACACAUGCAGACGAAGCCGGCGUCGGCGAGGUCUUCCGCGCCCUGCAGUACCGCCUCCACGACUCCACAUGGACGACCGUUUUCAAGAGUUUGAUUACCGUCCACCUCAUGAUCCGCGAGGGCGCCCACGACGCCACGCUUUCCUAUCUCGCCAAGCACCGGAAUAUUUUGGCCCCAAUUUCGAUUAAUGAUGCACAGACACAAGGCCGGAACAUCAGGCACUACGCAACCUACCUGAACGAACGAGCACGAGCGUACCGAGACACAAAUUGUGACUGGGUGCGAGUUAAAGAGACACGCCUGGAGAAGCUCACGGUGGACAAGGGCUUGUUGCGUGAGACCGAGGCUGUGCAGAACCAGCUCACGGCCCUUUUGAAAUGCAGCGAUAUUAUCGACGGCGACCAGCUAAACGAGAUCACCAUCUUUGUCUUCCGCCUUUUGGUCCGGGACCUGUUGGCCCUGUUCCAGGUUCUCAACCAGGCCAUGAUCAAUAUCUUGGGCCACUUCUUUGAGAUGUCCAAGGUCGACGCCGACCGGGCAAUGCAGGUGUACCAAACCUUUACGCGGCAAACCGACCACGUUGUGCAGUUCCUCAGCAUCGCCCGCCAACAUGAGCACCAGACCCGGGUUGAGGUGCCCAAGCUCAAGCAUGCGCCCGUCAACCUGGGCCGCCAGCUAGAGGAGUACCUCAGCGACCCCGACUUUGAGGUCCACCGCAGACAGUACCUAGCCGAGCUCGAUGCGAAGAAGUCCAAGGGCAGCUCAAGCGGCUCAACAUCCAAGCCGCUGGGCGGCGACAAGAGCAGCUCCACAAACCGCAGCAACACAACAGCGGCCAAGCCGUCGUCCUCAACAGCAACGAAGUCGGCGGAGACCACAAACGGUUCCAGUAACAACAAUCUCAUCGACUUUUUCGAUACCCUUGAGCAGCAAGUCCCAGCGCAAGCACAGCCUGCACCACAGCAACAACAGCCGCAGCAAACGGUGCAAACCGGCAUGACGCCAUGGGGCCACGUGGCGAACAAUGGCGUCUUCCCUGACCAGCAACAGCAGCACGUCGGCAUGUUCCAGCAGCAACCAAACGGCUUCGGUGCACAGCCGACUGGCUUCCAGUCUACCAACCCGUUCCAAAUGCAGUCUACUGGUGCAGCUUUCAACCUGCCGCAACAGCAGGCCCCGCAGCAAAUGCAGCCUGCUUUCACAGGCAUGGGUUUCGGUGGGUUUACGCCACAGCAACAGCAGCAACCACAGCAGCAGGGUUUCCAGCCUACGGCUCUCGGAUCGAUUCCACAGAACUCAACGGCGUCAUUCCAGCAGCAGCAACAGCCAGCAACCCCUUCGACCCUGGAAUCACAGCACGUCGGCAGGGUGGCCGGCCAGCAAGCCACGAACCCGUUCAGACAAUCCAUGAUGCCCACGGGUGGUGUACAAAACAUGGGCUCCGCCUUCAGCAACGGCAGCACCCCGAGCCCACUUGUCGCCCAACAAACAUCGACGAACCCCUUCGCCCGCAACUCGCCACAAACGGCACUGCCGUUCGGAACGCCAAACUCAGCUACCGGGACCGGCUCUCCAGCCGCGCUGGUACCGAUGAAGACGGGCACAAACCCGUUCGCCAAAGACUAUGGCUUGCCUCAGCAGGAACAGCACCUGCGGCCACACACAGCAGGCGGUGUCAGCAACAAUACACCUUCGAUGGGCGCUGCCCCGCUCAUGCCACAGCAGACAGGCAGCACAAACCCCUUCCGGCAGUCUACCUUUAUCAACCAGAACACAGGCAUGGGCUGGCAGCACAACCAGAACACAGGUGGCCUGCUAGUCCAGCUCGAGACGGUGCCUGUCUUCCCACGCCCAGGACAGCAGAACCAAUGGCAAUAG